GUCCCAUAUUUUACGUCUAAUAAAGACAUAAUGAUGAUUACAAGCGCUUGAAGCGCAUAAACAUCCAAAUCGACCUCAGUUGUUUUUUUUAUGUCAUGCACAUAGUUGCGUGGCCGAGCUCGACGGGGUAAUUUUUAUAAAUAUAAAACGAUGACGUACAAACGUAAAAAGACUCACAGAGGUGACAUGCAUUUGAAGAAGAAUUGGAAAACGAAACGGAGAACAAAGGACUUGGACGAGAUUGACGAGGAUCUGAAGGAAGAGAACGCGAGGAAACUGUUAAACCAGGAAGUAGAUUUCGAUAAGCCAGGAGCGGCCCAGUAUUAUUGCGUGCAUUGCGCGAGGUAUUUUAUAGACAAAACUGCUCUGCAUACUCACUUCAAUACUAAAGGGCAUAAACGACGAAUGAAAGCGCUCGAAUUAGAGCCGUAUACUAUCCAAGAAUCGGAAAGAGCAGCAGGCAAAGGAAGUUACAUCACGCCGCAAAAACGAAAGAUUGAAACCAUAACACAGGAAGAUCUGGACAUAAAUACUGCGUCAGAUGCUAAAGUAAUGAAAAUAAACGAAUAGAGUUACCUUACAAUUCAUUUCGAAUUGUUAUAUCUUUAGUGCGAUGCAAGAAAGAAGAGAACAAAUUUAAAUUAGAAAAUU